GCCGAGGCUACGCGGCUGCUCGUGCUCUUGCUGCUGGCGGCUGCGGCGCCCAGUAGGGCCCGGGGCAGCGGCUGCCGAGCAGGAACCGGCGCGCGCGGGACUGGGGCUGAUGGCCGUGAAGGCGAGGGCUGUGGCACUGUGGGACUGCUGCUGGAGCAUUCCUUUGAGAUUGAUGACAGCGCCCACUUCUGGAAGCGCGGCUUGCUGCUCUGGAACCAGCAGGAUGGCACGUUGUCCCUGUCACAGCGGCAGCUCAGCGAGGAAGAGCGGGGUCGGCUACGGGAUGUGGCUGCCCUCAAUGGCCUCUACAGGGUCCGGGUCCUGAGGCGGCCCGGGGCUCUUGAUGGUUCAGAAGUCAGUGGCUAUGUGUCUUCCUUUGUCCCUGCGUGCUCCCUGGUCGAGUCCCACCUCUCAGACCAGCUGACCCUGCAUGUGGACGUGGCCAGCAACGUGGUGGGUGUGUCUGUGGUGACGCACCCAGGGGGCUGUCAGGGCCACGAAGUAGAGGAUGUGGACUUGGAGCUGUUUAACACCUCUGUGCAGCUGCGGCCACCAGGCACAGCCCCAGGCCCUGAGACUGCCGCCUUCAUUGAGCGCCUAGAGAUGGAGCAGGCCCAGAAGGCCAAAAACCCCCAGGAGCAAAAGUCCUUCUUCGCCAAAUACUGGAUGUACAUCAUUCCGGUUGUGCUGUUCCUUAUGAUGUCGGGAGCGCCAGAUGCUGGGGGCCAGGGCGGCAGUGGCGGCGGCGGCGGCAGUGGAGGCGGCGGGGGUGGUGGCCGGUGAGCAGCUGUGCCACCCAGAAACCUUGGCUAAGGAGCUACUGUCCCUCCCUGCCCGAUCCUGAAUGUGAUAGGCUGUCUCUCCCCAGGAGCCUUUCUCCCCAGCCUUUGUUCCUGUCGGUGGAGGGCUGGCAGAUAGAGUGCCUCCUUGCAGCCCCCUCGGGCCCACUGGCUCCCCUUGCCCUGGUGCUGGAAUCCCAGCCUGGGCAGCUGUGCCCUGCUGUGUCCCUCAGUGUCCCUGUGUGCCCCCGACCCGCCCCACCGUGUAGUCUAGGAACAUGCCAAACUCUCUCCAGCCUCUGUGCCUUUACCCCCGGCCCCCAGUGCAUCCUCACUCUUGGGCUCCUUGCCAAGGAUGUGGCCUAGAGGCAGUGCUGGCAGCCAGGUAUGACCUCUGCCUGCCCAGCAUGCCGCAGGCCUUUUAUGGCAUUCAGGGCUCUUUGACCCAUUCCUUGGUGCCCCAGAAAAUCAACCCCGCAGUCCCACCAUGAGCCCCUGCCCAGUCCUCUCUGUCCCCAGACAUCCCACCCUGAAUGCAGCACCAGGAGAGGACUCUGGGCCCCACUGUUAGUCCUGUCUGUCUAUGAAUGUGCGCUCUUGGGGUCUGCAUGCACAUUUUGAAAACGCCCCGCUUUCUAUUUAUGAACGCGCACUCUUGGGGUCUGCAUGCACGUUUUGAAAACACCCGCUUUCUCUGGCUGCAUGACAGCUGUUGCACACGGCUUGUUGGUGCUUCAGUGCAGGGAUACGAUAUUUUUCAGGAACUGGCCACAGGCGCUGUGAUCGCUGUGGCCCCAGCUGUGUGUGUGGCUGUUGAUUAAACUGUUCCCCAAACAGCCA